CUCAGUCGAGCGUCCUCGGCGGCGGCGCGCGCACACUCGUCGGAGCCGGCCGCUCCCCGCCACCGCCACCGUCGCCGGCGCAUACCGCCACGUGACUCGCCAUAUGGGUCACUAAGCCCGUCGGUUAUCGGUUUUUUCUUGUCUCGUUGCGCAGCCUUCCGUGAGUCAAGAAAGGCUUCAAGGUCGACUCAUCCUAAUGUAAAUUUGUCCCGCUCUGUAUCAGUUAUAGUGCGCGCGCGCUUGCCUGCCGCCGCGAGUAGCUCGGCACUCGGCAGGCACCGAGUGAGUGAACACCAGUGUUACGAAAUCACGCGCCGCGCCGCGAGUUGCUCCUAUUUGACGUAACUGUGUUGUGAUCGGCGAUGCUGGAGACGGCGAGGGCUCGCGGGCUCGCGGGGAUGCUGAGGACGCUGUGGCCGCUGGCCGCCCGAGCCGGGGUCUGAUUGGUACCUCUCUCCGCUGGUGCAAGCAGACUCUACCGACCAGAUUUCAUAUCACGCAGGCCUCGGAGCCGGAGGCAGCGCGCACGCGCGGCGCAACAGUUAGGCGGGAGGUUGGCGGUGGCGCGCCGCGUGUUGUGAGCGGUCGAGUGUCGCCUCAUUCGCGCAUCCAGCGUCCGCCUGUCGGCACGCAUUCGCGAUUCGAAUAACUUCGCUGCGACCGUUCGCGCCAACUCAAAGUUUUCUUCUGUACUCUUCCUCUACUGACUUGUGCUAGUGAAUUGAGCUAGUGACUUGCGCUAGUGACUCGCGCUAGUACGUUAGGUUAUAUUCCAGUUUUCUCUUCGUAGUAGGUGUUGUAGGGUAGGCAUAGUUUCAGUGUUUUGUGUCUAUAUAAUGUAUCUUUAGUGUCAUUAAGUGUUAAUUAAUCAGUGUAGUGUAGUGUUUAGGCAGUGUCUAUUAGUGUUUUAGUGUAGGGUAGGGUAAGGAUUAACUCAUACCGUAGUGCGUAUUAUGAGGCGACAGGGACGCGCCACAUUUGGCAACGGUUAGUGCUGCUGCUACUGCUAGUGAUCUGUCGCCAUGUCGCUGCCAAUCAAGCGAUCGUUCAGCUCGGAGGGGGGCGCCACCUCCAAGAGGGAUUGGAAGAUGAGGCUCAGCCUGCGCAGCCGCAGCGGGCAUAGCGUGGAUGCCCUGCGCGGCCGCCGCUGCGCAUCUCUCCGUUCAGCGGCGCCCGGCGCGCGCGCAAUCGACGAGUCCGGCCGCAGCACGCCGUCGGCCGUCGCACGCGCCUCCCCCUCCCCCGCCGACACCCCCGCACCGAAGAAGUCCAACUGGGAGGUGAUCGAGCACUUCUCUUCCAACCGAAGCAAGAAGAGUCCUUCGUCAACUGACGCGGAGGGCGGCGUGGUGAACUCGUCGCCCGCGCUGCCGCUGUGCCCGGCCGGCAAGCCCGACGUCGACGCCGAGCCGCUUCUCAACGAUGAAGCAGGCGCGGAAGGUGGGUUGGGCGCCGGCGGAGGCGGAAGCGACGAGGAGGGUGACGGGCGCGUCAGCUGCUGGCGGCGCUGUCUCAACGCGUGCCCGCCGAAGGUGCGCGCGCUCUGCGACUCCAACCGAUUCGACAACUUGCAUGUGGAGAUGUUGUACCAGCGGUACUUCCUCCGCAUGAACCAGACGAACAUGACGCACCUGCUGGGGCUGCUGCUGGCGGUGGCGGUGGCGCUGAUGAUGGUGCAGGUGCGCACGCUGCUGGUGGCGCAAGACCUGCUGGCCAGCCUGUUGCCCUCCGACGACGCCGCGCUCGACGCCCCCACCACCCUCGAGCCCGGCGACUAUGACUCCUACACGGACCGGCUGGAGCUGGCGCCGGACAUGUCGCGCGCCACGUCGCCGCUGGAGGGCGAGGCGCUGCUGCAGGCCAACGCCACGCUGCUCAAGCGCGCCUACUACGAGAAGGAGCGCGUCGCGCACAUCGUCAACGUCAUCGUGCUCGGACUUACCGCACUCGUCUACGCAUGUCUCCUGGCAUGUUUGAGCCGCCCCGCCAUGAACGAGAUCUACCUGCUGACCAUAUCGUACGUGGUGCUUGUCACCUUUGUGCUGAUCGAGCUGUCGCUGGCUGGAACAUCUGUACUCAGGUCGCUGGGUGUGAGCGCGGGCGCAUGCGCGUUGUUCACGUAUGUGACGUACGCGACGCUGCCGGUGCGCCUGCACGAGGCCACGAUCGGCGGGCUGGCGCUGGCGGCGGUCAACAUCGGCGCGCACAUGAUGCUCGACACCACAACCGACAUGGAGAUGUACUGCAGCGUAGUGACGCUUGUGGCGUGCAACGUGUCCGGCAUUAUGACGCACCACCCGCGCGAGCUGGCGCAGCGCCGCGCCUUCCUCGAGACGCGUGACUGCGUCGAGGCUCGCCUCGUCACCCAGCGCGAGAACCAACAGCAGGAGCGGCUGCUGCUGUCGGUGCUGCCGCGCCACGUCGCCAUGGAGAUGAAGGCCGACAUCGCGAGCCAGCCGCGCCACGAGCAGUUCCACAAGAUCUACAUACAGCGCUACGAGAACGUGAGCAUCCUGUUCGCGGACAUCUGCGGCUUCACCUCGCUGUCGGACCAGUGUACCGCCGAGGAGCUGGUGCGGCUGCUCAACGAACUGUUCGCCAGGUUCGACCGGCUGGCCGCCGAGCACCACUGUCUGCGCAUCAAGCUGUUAGGCGAUUGCUACUACUGCGUGUCGGGGCUGCCCGAGGCGCGCGACGACCACGCCAAAUGCUGCGUCGAGAUGGGCCUCGACAUGAUUGAUGCCAUUGCGCUGGUGCGCGAGGUGAUGGCGGUGAACGUGAACAUGCGUGUGGGCAUCCACACCGGACGCGUGCACUGCGUCGUGCUCGGCCUGCGCAAGUGGCAGUUCGACGUGUGGUCCAACGACGUCACGCUGGCUAACUACAUGGAGAGCGGUGGCGUGGCCGGCCGCGUGCACAUCACGAAGGAGACGCUACGCUGCCUCGGCGAUGAUUACAAAGUGGAGCCUGGCUACGGCGGGCAGCGCAACACCUACCUCAAAGACCACAACAUCGAGACCUUCCUCAUCGUGCCCGACGACACUAGCCGCGUGGACAAGAAGCCACAGCACAGCUUCGCGCUGAAUGGCAACGUGUCGAAGGAGAUGCGCGUCAUGGGUCACGGCUCGCAGCACGGCAAACACUCCUCCAGCAGGAUGGGCGCGGACGCGAGCGGCGAGAACAAGAAGCCCGAAGACGAGGUAAACGAGUACCUGAUGAAGGCGAUCGACGCGCGAUCCAUCGACCGGCUGCGCGCCGAGCACUGCCGCCCCUGCACGCUCACCUUCCGCGACGGCGAGCUCGAGGACAAGUACACGGCGGAGCGCGACCGCAUGCUGAAGGUAUACUUCAUGUGCACGCUGGCUGUGUACGUGGCCGUCGUGCUGGUGCAGUUCCUCGCCUUCCAAGUGUCUGCGCUUGGCAUUGCGACCAUCGUGGCGUGUGGCGUCACGAUUGCCAGCGCCACCUACCUCGUGCUCUGCAUCGACUACAAGCACGCGAGCCUCAAGCUGAAGCGCGCCUCGCAGCGGCUGCACAACAACCGCACGCUGGCACAACUCAUGUCGUUCUUCGUGGUGAGCGCGGUCAUCCUGCAGGUACAAGUCGUUAUGGUGCAGGGGGUCUACUCGAGCAAGAAGCCCGCGAUGUUUCCCUCGCUGGAAAACAACGGCACCUACAACUGCCCCUACGACAUGAACGAGCACUACCUGCAACUGACGUUGAUGACGAUGUGCCUGUGCGCCGUGCACCAGAUCCUCAUCACCAUGGUCAAGAUGCUGCUGCUGCUCGUUGUGUGCAUCACCUACGUCACCAUCACCACGCAAGAGCAUAUUUACUACCCAUACCACUUUUACGACUACCAAAACCGCUGCGGCUUGGACUGGAAUCAGCAGUGGACCAAUAUCGUGAUCGCAUUGGGUGCCACCGUGGCGCUGCUGCUUCACUCCCAACAGACGGAGAGCACUUACCGGCUGGAUUUCAUCUGGAAACUACAGGCCAAUGAUGAGAAAGAGGACAUGGAGCAUCUUCAGGCAUAUAACCGCAAGCUCCUCGCGAAUAUCCUGCCCGAGCACGUGGCGCAGCACUUCCUAUGCAGUGACAAGAACAUCGAUGAGCUGUACCACGAGCAGUGCGAGUCUGUGUGCGUGAUGUUCGCCUCCAUCCCCAACUUCUCGGAGUUCUAUGUGGAGCUAGAGGGCAACAACGAAGGCGUCGAGUGUCUGCGCCUACUCAACGAAAUUAUCGCCGAUUUCGACGAAAUCCUCGCUGAGGACCAGUUCAGAUACAUUGAGAAGAUCAAAAGCACUGGCGCUACGUACAUGGCCGCCUCAGGACUGACCACCGCUACACGCGACCUGCGCGGUUACCGCCACGUGACCGCCAUGGCGGACUACGCGCUGCGCCUGCGCGAGCAGCUCGCCUACGUCAACGAGCACUCGUUCAACACAUUCCGCGUGCGGAUAGGCAUCAACAUUGGGCCAGUGGUGGCGGGAGUGAUCGGCGCUCGCAAGCCGCAGUACGACAUCUGGGGCAACGCCGUCAACGUCGCCUCGCGCAUGGACUCCACCGGCCUGCUCGACCAUAUCCAGGUGACGCAGGAGGUGUACGAGAUCCUGGGGGCGCGCGGCUACCGGCUGCGCUGCCGCGGCACCGUCGAUGUCAAGGGCAAGGGCAACAUGGUCACGUACUUCCUCGAGGGCGUCGGCGACAGCGCCGGGCCCGCCGCCAGGGACCUCUACCUCAACCCGAUGCCAUCGACGUCCGGCGAAGACAGCGAAGGCUCCGGCGGCCGCCCGGAGCACCGCCCGCUAGAGACACUGUCCGAGGGACAUACUGAUGAGGACGGCGGACCCUCGCCCAGGGCCUCCAUUCCCAGAGAUAACCAGACUGAAUCCAUGAGCGUGAGGCUGCCAAACGGCGAGUGCGGUUCUCGCGAGAACUUGGCGAGCGCGGUGCGGGAGCGCGUGCGCCGGCGACUGGAGCGGUUAGAGCGGCCGUUGUCGCUAGCCGACGGACCCAGCCUGCCCGCGCUGCUCUCCUUGCUGCACGCCAGGGCGCACUCAGCGGAGCUAGACACAAUCGUGCACGAGACCGAGGCCGCGCCCAAGAAGAACUACUCCCUGAGCGACGUGAAGCGGCCGGCGGAGGCGCGCGGGGCCGACGCCGAAAUCCUGCUCGAACCGUGCGGCCCGCGCCGCACCGCCAGCCUCGCCGACUUCCUGUUGAAGCGCAAACAGACGCGGCUGCAUACGCACGUCGUCAACGUUAUCGUCAACCCCAUGAACAGCUUGUACGAUACCGAGUCGCCGCCCUCGUCGGCCACGCCCUCUCCCGACGAGCCGCGACACUCCGAUGAACAGCUCAUUGAAGACACGCAGGUGUAAGCCCACCACCACAUCGGCAAAAUCUAUAUGAUUUCCUUUUCAUAAGGAAGGCAUUAUUGGAAAGCUCUACGUGGAGAUUGUGAUGCGUUCAAAGAACUGAAACAGUGAUAUUAUUUAAUAUGUAAAUAUGUUUGUUGACGACCUUAGGCCUCAUCGUGGAAUGGACAACGUGGGAAUAAACUCUUGUAGUUAACUCGUGUGUGUCCCACGCGUUGUCGGUGCCGCUUGUUCUGAUAUUAAACAUUGUGCCGUAGACCCGGUGAAUACAAAUGCUGCGACGAACCAAACUAGCCAAGACCAAGCAAACAAGAACGCAAACGGAUCAUACUUAAUAAUUGGAACAACUGUAUAGUAUAGGUUAUAGAUUUGUAAAUAUUAGCUGUAAGUAUACUGAGAAGCGCGUCUCGCUCCCGCGCUGCAUCGCCGCCACCGUUGUCUCCUUAAAAGUUGUACGAAAUUGUGAAGCUAACAACAAAUCACGUUCAGAUAGUUGGAAUAAGACCGUUGCGUUACAGUGUCGCGCCAGCAAUAAUAAGACACGCGCGCGGGUGUCGUGGCGCGCCUCCACCACCUCUAGCAUUAAGUAUAACGAGCUUAUUGUUGCGCGGCGCUGUGCAGGCCGGCAUACUAGCCGCUGCUGGCCGGCGUACACCAACGCGGCCCGACGCAGGCGCAACCUCGGGACGACGGUUUCUAAUCAUUUUAGUUCCACGUGUAGUGUUGUUGUUUACCUCGCCUAUAAUGGCCUACCAUGUUUGCGUUCAUCAAGAGCCGUGCCCUUCGAUACUGCAGGCGCCCCGAGCCGUCGUCCCGCACUAUGUAUGUUUCAGUAUACACAUAAUACGAGUAUCUGUAAUUAUAUGUAUAUAUAUGAAACAUUGCCAUAUACAUAAUCUCAAUAAUAGAUAAGCACUGACUAUUGUAUAAUAUAUUAAGUUAUAGUUAUCAUAAAGGCAAGCGUAGCGGACGUCGCACUGACGUCACGUGUCCACGCCAUUAUAGACUAUAGUGUUCGCAUGAUAUUACGCGCUGUACAGAGAUGCGCCACUCCGCGCUCCUCCACCGUGAGCCAACACACACACACAAAAACGCGCGCGUGCGCGUUCACAUGCUCACACACACACAAACACAAGCGCGCGCGGAUUCGCAUGCAAACACGCACGCACACAUGCGCGAACGCGCGCGCUCACACACACACAUACGCGCGCACGCACGCUUACACAUACACACAGUAUUACACACAGAAAGAUAAACAUUCCGCGGCGUCACUGACUCCAAUAACACAUUUUAACGCUCUAUGCAACAAGAGUGAUUCGAGCCUCUAACUAAACAAGUGUGCUCGAACGUUAUACGCGGUCGAUGUCGUCACCAACGUCACAUGACUCCCUCGUACCACGCGAGCGUGGUGUACUCGCACGUCAACAGGAUCAUACGACGUCUGUAGCCGUUGAAGAGUGGCACCACAUGUACACAUUGUACCGCUGUCCCUCGCUGACGCCAGUGACGUAGCCUAGCAAGCCCAUGCAAAUUUUGUGUGCGGCUCUUUAACCAUAUUUGAGCAAUCAGUACCCGCUAGCGAUGUCAUAGAGGAAAAGUCUUUGCGUUCAUUAUAAUUUUAAAGGGAAUGUCGAUGCCGCUAGCAAUUAGAGUUAUUGCAUUUAAUACCGCUGAUGUGUAGACAUGGGCGCCGGGUGCAAGGCGGUGCACGUGCACCCCCGUUUUCGUAACAAAUCACAAUAAAAAUAACUGAAUGACAAUGGGAACUAUCGACCACAGGGGUUUUAUUAUAGUUUAGCAAAUACAAAUACCUUUUAAUAAAAAAAAUGAUGUUAUGUAGUACUUACUAUAGUGUGUAGAUUGCAGUUGCACCUCCCUAAAUAAUCUAUCUAUAUAUAUAAAAAUCAAUUGCUGUUCGUUAGUCUCGCUAAAACUCGAGAACGGCUGAACCGAUUUGGCUAAUUUUGGUUUUGAAUUAUUUGUGGAAGUCCAGGGAUGGAUUAAACGGUGAAGAACAUAAAUAAUAAAUAACGGAAAAUACUAAAAACGAC